AUGCUUAUUACAAAUUUGCAAAAGCUUGACUUUGAGAGCAGGAAGGAUGUCGCUCAAAUUUUCGGUAACCUUCUCCGCAGGCAAAUUGGAACACGAUCUCCAACUGUUGAAUAUCUUGCUGCACGUCCUGAAAUACUAGUUUCACUUCUUACUGGUUACGAAAACGCUGACAUCGCCAUCGCUUGUGGCCAAAUGCUCCGUGAAUGUAUUCGCCAUGAUCAAUUAGCCAAGAUACUACUGCAACAUGAAUUGUUCUACAAUUUUUUCGAGUAUGUAGACCUUCCCGCAUUCGAUAUCGCCUCCGAUGCUUUUGCUACAUUCAAGGACCUAAUUACUCGGCAUUCAUUGUGUGCUGAAUUCUUGGAGGCUAAUUACGAUGCCUUUUUUGCCAAAUAUCAACAGUUGCUCGAAUCAGAUAACUAUAUUACAAGGCGCCAAUCUCUCAAGUUACUCGGAGAGUUGCUACUGGAUCGUCAUAAUGUCAAUAUAAUGAGUCGAUACGUCUCUGAUGUGGACAAUCUGAUACUGAUGAUGAAAAUGCUUUGCGAAAAAGGUCGCAACAUUCAAUUUGAGGCGUUUCACGUGUUCAAGAUUUUUGUUGCUAGUCCCAACAAACCUCGGCCUGUUGUCGCCAUUCUAACAAGGAAUCGAGAGAAAUUGAUUGAUUUCCUUGGUCAAUUUCAAAAUGAACGUACGGAUGACGAGCAGUUCAUUGAGGAGAAGGCAUAUUUGAUAAAGCAGAUCAGCGAAAUGAAGUGA